GAAAACAAAACAGAGUACAGUAAAAAAAUCAAAAUUUUGCUCAAUAAAAAGAUGAACGUUGACUUGCGGUCAUACUCGCGACACUGGCUCACGGAGUUCAUAGAGCAGUACCAGGAGGAGGAGUGCCUGUGGCAGCCGAAGCACAACGACUACAGCAACCAUGCCGCUCGGAACAAGUCCUACGACAGGCUCGUGGAGAAGCUGAAAGAAGUCGAACCGAAUCCCGACCGACCCAUGGUCGUAAGAAAAAUCAACUCACUUCGCUCGGCAUUUCGGAGAGAGUAUCGGAAGACGACUUGCAAGAGCGACUAUGAGACACGGUUGUGGUACUACGACAGGCUGCUCUUCAUCGCCGACCACAAGCCAAAGCGGCAUGAGUCGGGCACCAAACCGAAGCGGGAAUUGCACAUUAGCUUCGACGAUGAGGAUUCCAUGGAGUAUGAGGACGAGUCACAUCACACAACCUCACAUUCACAGCAGAUGGAUAAUUUAGGGCCCACAUCCUCCGACGAAGUGGAAGAGGUGCCUGCCACCAACAAUGUGGUGGUCAGUAGUGAAGGCGCCACCCUAAGUACACUAUCCGUGACGCCAGCGGAUUGUGUGGCUCUCGUGAAGAGCGAACAGCAUCAACAUGAUGCGGCUGCCGUCCAGGCACACCAGCAAUUAGUAGCACAUGCGGCGGCCCAAAAUUCCAUAGCUGCUGCGGCAUCCCAAGGGCAUGCUGUCAAAGUGCUGGAGAUCACAUCACUAGAUUCAAACAGCCAGCGGGAGAUACAACAGGCCGUCAACUCCCUGGAACAACACCAGCAGCAAAUGCAUCUCCAGCAGGCCAAUGGUCACGGCCAGGCUGUGCCGACCAUACAGAUCGGACGCGAACACUAUCAGCCUCUGUUUAGCAAUGCAAACACCACAGCGUACACAACCGCACCGCAACCCCCGCCGCAUGACGAAUACGAUGCUAUCGGUGUGAAUGUGGCCAGCAAACUGCGAGCCGUCAAUCCCACCCAGCGCAUCAUUGCGGAGAAGCUCAUAAGCGACGUGCUCUUUAAUGCCCAGCUGGACAACCUCACUGUCAACUCGGCCGUAACGCAGUAGUAACCUUAAUCUCAGUUGCAAUCGCCAAUAGGUUAGGAAACAAAGUUCGAUAGAAACCCUUUAUUUAACGUCA